CGACUAAUAAAUAUACCCCAGGAUCCAUGAUGAUGACUAACCACUGAAAGGCAGUAUGACAUCACCAACCCUGCCUUUAAAUAAUAAUGGCAGGAUUUAUUUGCUAGUUGUUGUUACUCACACAAAUGCAAGCCGCUUCGAACACUGUAUGAUUUCACCAAAGGAACAAAAACUACUUUAGAUCGUUCAGUUAUUUGCAACCGCUGAGAAACACAAAACAAUUGUGUCCGAGUUACAGUCUGAAACAAUGUCUUUCAUCCCAGGACAACCAGUUACUGCCGUUGUGGUAAGUUUUGGAACAGGCUACUCUUCAUUCAAUAGCUACGGCAUCCAUUGUCCACGUCUAAAACCCUUCAAUCAGUGCCUAGAUGCAAACUAUAAAUAAGUAUUUAGUGCAAAAAUGUAGACUAACAUUGCUGUUCGAUAGGUUCUAAUUAAACCACCUACAGUAUCUACGUUGUACGCCUUUCUGUUGUAGCUGCUGUAGCUAGCUGGCUAACAGUUUAGGGUUAUGAAGUUAUAGGUGUAUUUCAUUUUCAUAUAUGAUGAGAAAUCUAUUCACUGAAAGUACAUUUAUUUAGUAAGCUAAUGUUACACUGUGCGGCCUUGCCAACGUGUUUUUUUCUUUAGGAGUAGCCUGUUAUCGCUACAUUAUGGAUAGCAGCUAGCAUUAUUAGCCAAGUUGUUUGCAAUGCUGCAUGCAUGAAAGUGAAGUGUUUCAGAGAAGGGCGUCACCUACCUACCCGAGACGGCUUGGGUGCAUAGCCUACUCUAUUGACACAGCCAUUGAAGUGACAUGGUCAAUACUCUGUCAUUAAUGAAAGGCCAUGCCUCUCAACACACUGUUUAUAUCUAACAUCAGCUAGAAAUAUGAGUCAUGAAGUAAUUGCCUAGUGACAAUGGGUUGAUAUUUCCAUUAAAACGGACGGUGGUCAGCCUGCAUUAUACAAUUCCAUGAGUGUUUCCAUGUUCUCAUCAUCAAGAACUUCAGAUCCACUGAAUGAUGGUUAACCAUAUUGACCACAGACUGCAGGGGUUUUAAGAACUUCUGACACUGAGGCUCCUCUUAUUCACCAUCACACAGACUCGCUUUGUGCUGUGAAGAGCACUGAGCUGGAUGUGCCAGAAUCCUCCAUCUGCUCUGAGAGGGCAGCUGUCUGAGGACCAUGGGGAUAGCUAGACUGAGAAAAGAUCUGUCUCCAGUCAGUUGGUGGCAGAGGGUUUCCCUUUCAGUCAGUCACUCAACAUAACACACUACAGGGAUAUUAUCUUUGUCCCUUCAGGGAACUAGAGUCUAUUCAUAACCCUAGUGUUCUGGACAAUUCCAUGGUAACAUAAUGAUGCUGAGAUUGAUUUUUCACUAUAAAUGAUUGGCAAACAAAAACCAAUGAUUGCAAAGUUAAACAAACCAUACAACUCUAUGCACAAUAACUACUUUUAACAAUUUCCACAAACAUUUACAAAAACACAUUUACUUGAAGAACAGUGCAGAUGCAAAGUUUGGUAACAGAAUCAUGGUUUGUGCUGUCAUUCUGUUACCAAACUUUGGUUAUCAAACUGUGGAAUUGCCCUUCUGCAUUCUUAAAGGAAGCUCAGUGCAUGAUGUGGUGGACUCAGCACAAAAUGUAACAUUCUAUGCAAGUCAUCACCUCAUUCAAAAUAUUGUGGCUAGUUAUGCUAUUGGAACUAUUGGUAGUCAUUUACCACAUUUUUAUAACAUGUUGUAAUGGUGGAAUGGGAAUACGAACAGAUACUUGAUGGUUGUUGAAGUUAUGAAUUCUUUCCUCUCCCAGCUCAACUCUCAACUUUCAUGUGCUUUACAGCAACGAAUUGAAAUCUGCAAACUCCGUCAGGGUGAACAUUUGAUCCUGGGUUUCAGCAUUGGAGGGGGAAUAGACCAAGACCCUGGUCAGAACCCCUUCUCUGAAGACAAGUCCGACAAGGUACGAGUAAAACACGUGGAAAUACUCUCCCUGUCUGUUCUCAGUGAGCUCUGCUCUGGCAAAACUCUAUUAACAUCAGCAGUAAAUUAAGGUAUCAGAGGUAGGCCUGAACACAUCAACUCUAGCCUCAGGUUGCUACUGUAGUAACACUGCAGAUCCAGAUAGCUGAUCCCAUACAAGGGCAUAGAUAGAUUACUCAAACAGUGACAUUUUAAAGUUUGGCCUAUAUCAUCAAACCAGUCUAACGAAUUGACGCUAGUUAAUACGUUUUAAAUGUAGAUGCACAGAUGUUGGACUUUCCCACGGGGGCCAGUAUGAAAAAAAAUAAAAAUGUAUGCACUCCCUAACUGUAAGUCACUCUGGAUAAGAGCGUCUGCUAAAUGACUAAAAUGUAACAAAUAUGUAUUUCACUUUUUCUGUUUAUGUUUUUCUGUGUGUCUGUGUGAUCACAGGGCAUCUAUGUGACACGGGUGACACCAGGGGGACCAGCAGAAGUUGCAGGCUUGAUGAUGGGAGACAAAGUAAUGCAGGUAUGCAAUACUUCAAAAUAUUUUUUAAACGUUAAUUGCUUCAGAAUGCACGUUUCAAACUUUUGGCCCCAAGAAACAUUUCAUUUUACCUUAUUAAUACAUUUCCACAAGGUGGCACCAUUUACUAAAUUUCACUUGGGAUGAUAUACACUACAUGACCAAAAGUGUGGAAACCUGCUCAUCGAACAUCUCAUUCCAAAAUCAUGGCCAUUAAUGUGGAGUUGGUCCCCCCUUUGCUGCUAUAACAGCCUCCACUCUUCUGGGAAGGCUUUCCACUAGAUGUUGGAACAUUGCUGUGGGGACUUGCUUCUAUUCAGCCACAAGAGCAUUAGUUAGGUCGGGCACUGAUGUUGGGCAAUUAUGCCUGGCUCGCAGUCGGCGUUCCAAUUAAUCCCAAAGUUGUUAGAUGGGGUUGAAGUCAGGGCUCUGUGCAGGCCAGUCAAGUUCUUCCACACCGAUCUUGACAAACCAUUUCUGUAUGGAUCUCGCUUUGUGCACGGGUGCAUUGUCAUGCUGAAACAGGAAAGGGCCUUCCCCAAACUGUUGCCACAAAGUUGGAAGCACAGAAUAGUCUAGAAUGUCAUUGUAUGCUGUAGCAUUAAGAUUUCCCUUCACUGGAACUAAGGAGCCUACCCCGAACCAUGAAAAACAGCCCCAGACCAUUAUUCCUCAUCCACCAAACUUUACAGUUGGCACUAUGCAUUGGAUUAGGUAGUGUUCUCCUGGCACCUGCCAAACACAGAUUCGUCUGUCGGACUGCCAGAUCUUGAAGCGGGAUUCAUCUCUCCAGAGAACGCGUUUCCACUGCUCCAGAGUCCAAUGUCGGCGAGCUUUACACCACUCCAGCCGAUGCUUGGCGUUGCACAUGGUGAUCUUAGGCUUGUGUGCGGCUGCUCGGUCAUGGAAACCCAUUUCACUAAGCUCCCGACGAACAGUUAUUGUGCUGACGUUGCUUCCAGAGGCAGUUUGGAACUCGGUAGUGAGUGAUGCAACCGAGGACAGAUGAUUUUUACACGCUACAGCACUCGGCGGUCCCGUUCUGUGAGCUUGUGUGGCCUACCACUUCGCGGCUGAGCCAUUGUUGCUCCUAGACGUUUCCACUUCACAACAGCACUUACAGUUAACCGGGGCAGCUCUAGCAGGGCAGAAAUUUGACGAACUGAUUUGUUGGAAAGGUGGCAUCCUAUGACGGUGCCACGUUGAAAGUUACUGAGCUCUUCAGUAAGGCCAUUUUACUGCCUAUGUUUGUCUAUGGAGAUGUGCUCGAUUUUUAUGCACUUGUCAGCAACGGGUGUGGCUGAAAUAGCCAAAUCUGCUAAUUUGAAGGGGUGUCCACAUACUUUUCUAUAUAUAGUGUAUAUGCCAUUUAGCAGACGCUUUUAUCCAAAGCAACUUUAGUCAUGCGUGCAUACAUUUCAUGUAUGAGUGGCCCCAGGAAAUGAACCCAUAAUCGUGACGUAACAAGCGCCAUGCUCUACCAAAGCGUGUCUGUGAUGGUGAAUAAGAGGAGCCUCAGUGUCAGUGGUCAGAAGUUCUUAAAACCCCUGCAGUCUGUGGUCAAUAUGGUUAACCAUCAUUCAGUGGAUCUGAAGUUCUUGGUGAUGAGAACAUACAAACACUCAAACUAUUCACUGUAUCCCAAUAUUCUACUUACUUUGCAUCAAUAAUAUAUAAUACAGUAAUAACAAACUAUUGUAGGAAGACUUAACAUUGUUUAUCUGUCUCAACCAGGUAAAUGGAUGGGAUAUGACCAUGGUGACACACGACCAGGCACGCAAACGGCUGACAAAGAAGAAUGAAGACAUUGUGCGGCUACUGGUGACCAGGAAAUCGCUGGAGCAGGCUGUCAGACAUUCUAUGAUGUAAUGACGCCAAACAGUAACAGCGGCUUGGUGACCUCAUUGUCUUUCGAACAGGUGGCAUCCCUCCAAUGCAACGGUUGUCCUUUAGUGCAGACGGAGUUUGCUAUCUGACGUAAGACAAUGCCAGUGACCGAGAGCAUUGUAUUCCAAAUCUUUUCUCACAUACUGUAAGGUUGGGGUGAAUUCCAUAUCAAUUCUGUCAAUUCAGGAGAUGGAAUGAAAUUGAAAAGUGCCAUUUAUUUUCAUGAAGGAUUCCAGAGUUGAUGGAGUUGAAAUGGAAUUGAUCAUGGCCGUACUCGCAUAUUCCCAAACAGGGUACACUCCAUUUAUAUAAUGUCUCUACAAUUCAUCAGUAUGGUUCUAGUUAUUGGGAUUAUUAAUGCCUUAACUAGCUGACUUGUGUAUUACUUAUUCAGUUAUUAGUACAUUUCAUUUCAGUUAAUGAUCUGUCAUGAUUUGAUUUACUCAUCAUUUUAUAUCUAUGUUUUCGAGUCGAUGUCUCUACAAGCCAAAGGAAAACAAUGCAAAGGAACUAUAGAUUGAUAAAUUGAACCAUGUCAUGUGGUGUAACUUCCACAUAUUUAGCAUGUGCCGUUUUGUAGUGGUGAUAGAGGUUGUUAUGCAAACAUACGCAUACAAAGCACAUAUGGUAAUUUCUAGCAUUUAUCUGCUACACUAAUUUGUGUGUUUUCUAUAGAGGCUUCCUGUUUAUAUGACUUAUGUUUUGAGUUUAAUAUAUGGCUUUAAUGACAAUUUAACACUGAAGUGCUUAACACCGCCUUGUGUUGUGGGAAAUUAAUGAAUAUUCAUCAGGCUUGGAUGAUAUAUUUUGGAAUCUUUAUUUUGGUGUCAUCCAUGUUGUGCAUCUACCAAAGUAACAAGCACAGCUGAACUGCAUGCUUUAUAUUUCAUUUUACAAUAUUGUAGUUCAUGUCUACCAAAUACUGUAAUAUUAAUUUGAGGAUUUUAGUUUUGUAUGUUGUGCAGGAAAACAGUUACUUCCCAAUCAUCUGCAUAUAGUUAAUCUGGUGUUGCCAUCCUUGCCUUGAAAUCAAGGCUGGGGCAUAGUCAACCUUUUAAUAAGUGCCUUCUUUAUCAGGUUCAUAUAGAGAAAGUGGCAUGUUGGAUGAUCUUAGACAGCUAGUUGCACACUGGAAUAGUUUGGACCAAGGUUGAAGGAUCUAAUGAAUUGAGAGAGAAGUUUGAUACACCACAGCCUUAAAUGAAACUCUAGUGAUUGUACCACUAAAUCUUGAUGGUGCCGAUAGUGUUUUUAUAUUCAUGCACUUUUCCAUUCCUAUAUAGUUCAAUGAUAUGUGAAUUUUAUCACUGCCUCAGCCAUGCAAUACACAGCAAUACAUCACUGAUUUAAUCCAAUCUUCUUAGUUCCUAUUAAUAUGGAUAAAAAAUAAGUAAAGUGAAGUCGUAAUGCAGAUUCCAAUGGUACCUAAUAUACAUACACGUUGUAGUAUGUUCUACUAAUUUAGUAUUUGGUAUGGCUUUGUUUUUGUUAGCAUUUAUUUUAUAGGGAGAUUAUCAUUAUAUGUCAUUGGCAGAGUGACACAUCUAACUCCACACCCAACUUUUUAAAGAAUAAACACUUCAAAAGACUGCCAAACCUUUUGAUAAAUGUAGUCUUGCAUGAAUGUUUUCUAUGAAGUCGAUUUUUAUCUACAUGUCGAUUGUUAAAAUAUCUUAUUUUAUUUGUUCUCCAUAAGUACUCCCGAGUAUAUGAGGAAAACCUUUGAUUUUACUAUUUGGGCAUAUGAUUGUAUACUGUACACUUUUCAAAUGUCUUUAACAUAAAUC